AUGGCUGGGCGAAGAAUGUGGAAAGGUCUUCCGCUAUGGUUUGCCCUGUUGGCCAUCAUAGUGAUAACACCUGGGCUGGGCAACACCACCGUCGCCACCACUGCUGGCACCACUGUUGGCACCACCACCACCCCUGCCUCCGUGCCUGAAACAACGGCUUCCACCUCGAUCGUCUCGACUGGUGAAGCCACAACCACGACAACGACAACGACAACGACAACGACCACUGCUUCCACAACAAGCACGACGACGCCUGCGGCAGCCGCAGGCCUCUAUUUGUUUGAUGAUUACGCCACAGCCAGCGAAGAUCUGCCGCCCGCCGAGUAUACCGCCUUUCCCGCCACCCGUGAUUGGCACGACCCGGGUUUUGGCGCUUGCCCUUGCAACCUCAAUGAUGGCCUCUGCGAUUGGGACUGCUGCUGCGAUACCGACUGCAACUCAAACGAUCUGGCCUUCUUUUCCACCGCUGCCUGUGCAUCCCAGGCCCGCACGCUAGGCGAUCCCCGUGCUUGUGUCCAACGCAGUCUCCUCAAAACAGUCAACCGCGUAGAGGAGGUGACGACCAGCAACAAGGACAUUUUGUGCAUUGAGCACGACAACAAUGAAGACCGCCUUUUUUAUCACCCCCCGCGCCUCGCCGCCAACAGUGCCGCCUUUGAGCAGCUUGUCGCAGGCGAUGCCGAGAUCGUUGGACUCGCAGAUGCGGCACUCAGCACUUAUCCAGACUUGACCUCCAACUCAUUCUACAACCUGACCCUCGGCGAGAUCAUGUUUCUCUCUGAUGGUAACAUCAGCCAAGCCAGCUUCUUCUGGCCAUGGACGAUUCAAAGCCAGCUGGGACCCAACUGUCUUUCAGAACCUGUGUACUUUGGUGCCACGCAGAAAAGCACUUGCACCCGUCUCACAAAAGAUCUCGAUUUACCUGCUUUAUGCGCCAUUCCGCCCCCCACCAACAUUCAACGUGGCAACGGGCUCAUCAACACCUUCACGCGUGCCAUUCCCGCCCUCUUGGCGACCUCCGUCGACCUAGUUGUUGAUGGCACCCCAUGUAACACCUCGGCUUGCACCUGGCCCGAGACAGUCGCCAACACCACCCACUGCCACGGCCUUACCACCCAGGUGGACGUUUCCCUGAUUUUGAAUCCACGCACCGGCGCAUCGACGUUACAAAUACAAAGCGUCAAGCUGGCCAUUACAACGGCAACCCUCGCCGCAGGCAGCACCAGCUUGUCCCAAACCGUCAACAUCGACUAUGCAUACGGCACCGUGGAUCGUACAAGUACCGAAUGGCUGCACACCAUGGCCACGCCUACCGGGGCCGCAUGCAGUGGCGCCUUUACACCGGUGCUCUUUGGUCAAGAACGCACCACCGCCUGCCGGUUGCGCGCUGUUGUAGCGGCGACCAACAGCAGCCUCAUGUGCACAACGCUUCGUGCGGAGGUGGAAGAGGCCCUACUCUCCGCUCGCCAACACCAAUCCAACUAUGUUGUGGGCGUGUAUGGCAAUGCUGACCCGAAUCAAUUGGAUGAAUGGGCUCCGAUUGUCGACGCCAACUACCAACCGCUUGAGCCAUCGGGAGAUGGCAGUGCCAUUUGCUCAGCAGUUCUGACCAGCGUCGCUCUUAAUUUGGCCUGGGCCAACACCGGCCUUGUAAGCAGUCCACAGGCUGCAAUUGUUGGUGCGGCCUUUGAUUACAGCUUUGCUGCCAUUCCCUUCAGCUGCACAGACACGGAGUGCCGAGCCUCAGUGGCGAUUCAGAGUCAGGUCCGCUUCGUUGACGUUUCGGAGCAGCCAGAAUACAUCCGCAAGCGGGAACCUGAUUUGCUACAGGACCUGCCAGAAGACUUUUUCUAUCCUUUUUGA